GCGCCAUGAAUAUCUUACCCAAGAAGAGCUGGCACGUCCGGAACAAGGACAAUGUCGCCCGCGUGCGGCGUGACGAGGCCCAAGCCCGGGAGGAGGAGAAAGAGCGUGAGCGGAGGGUGCUGCUCGCUCAGCAAGAGGCCCGCACAGAAUUCCUACGGAAGAAAGCCAGGCAUCAGAACUCACUACCUGCGGCUGAAGCAGCAGCACCAGGAGCCCCAAGCAGUUCUGGCCCUGUGGAUCUGUUUCGAGAGCUGCUGGAAGAAGGGAAGGGGGUGAGCAGAGGCAAUAAAGAGUACGAGGAAGAGAAGCGACGAGAGAAAGAGAUGCAAGAGAAGGCUCUGGGCAUCCUGACGUACCUGGGCCAGAGUGCAGCGGAAGCCCAGACUCAGCUCCCUUGGUACCAGCUCCCCCCAAGUCGGGGCGGCCCCGCGUCUGGUCCAGGACCAGAUGAGAAGAUCAAGAACCGCCUGGACCCUCUGGGGGAGAUGCAGAAACAUUUGGGGAAGAAGAGAAAGCACAGUGGUGACAAUGGCAGUCACAGCAGAAAGGAAAAGGAGGGACCUGAGAAACGACCCAAAGAACCCCCGUCCCUGGACCAGCUUCGAGCUGAACGUCUCCAGCGGGAAGCGGCCGAGAGGGCUCGGGCACAGGCCCUGCUGGCCCGGAUUGGAGGCACGGCAGCCCAGGAGGAUCAGCCAGAAGAGGUGGACGAUCGGCGGAGGCGGUACAACUCCCAGUUCAACCCCCAGCUGGCCCGGCGCCCCCGCCAGCAGGAACGCCCCCUGGCUCACUGACUCAGGGGGUACAGGAGAGGCCGCUGCUGCCAGCCGUCAUAUAAAACUAUUUAUUCAUAAAUAUUUUCCAAAAUGAAAA